CUUUAAGAUUCAAUAUUCCAGGCUAACUACAUGCAAGCUAUACAAUUCUGUAAAAUCAUCAAGAUGGAAUUGGUAACCAUCUCGUCAGCUGAAGAGAAUGAAAGAAUAAGAAAAUAUAUCCGAGAUACAAGUAUUGGUGACUAUUGGUGGACAUCUGGGACGAAACUUCUGGAUGGAAAAACUUGGGUGUGGCUAACAAAAGGAACAAGGGUCGAAUACACCAACUGGUUGCCAGGUCAACCAGAUGGUGACACUCAAUUCUGCCUACACUUGAUUCACAAAAGAGAUAAGGGUUUAUUCUGGAAUGACAACUAUUGCAAUAAUCAGUAUCAAGUUAUUUGCGAGAGACCAACAUCCGAUCCCGAAGAGGAAAAUGGAGGUCAUGCUGGUGUGGUAACUAAUACAGUUUUUCAUACGACACCGAAAAUCGAUAUACGAAUAGAUACAGAUUUGGACGGUAAAUAUUUUUGAUGAUGAUUUAAUUUC